CGUUCUACCGUCGCACUGUGCAGACGUCAUGUUCUUCAAAAUUAUUAUAUUAAGUGUGUUAGUCACAAUAUGUUCUGCGCAACCCAGAGCCGCUCAAUACAUCGUCCCUCCAGCUAAACUUGAAGCUAUAUAUCCAGCUGGAUUAAGGGUAACAGUGCCAGACGAUGGUUUCUCGCUCUUCGCCUUUCACGGCAAGCUCAACGAAGAGAUGGAAGGCCUGGAAUCGGGGCAUUGGUCCAGGGACAUCACUAAAGCCAAAAACGGCGUUUGGACGUUCAGAGACAGAAAUGCUCAGCUAAAACUGGGAGAUAAGAUUUAUUUCUGGACGUAUGUAAUCAAGGAUGGCCUCGGAUAUAGGCAGGAUAACGGCGAAUGGACUGUAACAGAAUUCGUCAAUGAAAAUGGGAAUCCAGUAGACGUAGCCAACCCACCUGUGGCUACAUCUACCACGGGUCCACUGCAGAUACCUCAACAAGCCAGCACUCCUAUCGUUAGACCGGAACAGACGUGCCAAACGUCAGAAACAGUGGUCCAAGGCCGCGAUAAAAUCUGUAAGGGAACUUUGAUCUUCAGUGACGAAUUUGAAAAGAAUAGCCUUAAAGAUUUGACGAGUUGGGGAGCUGAAGUAAGAUUUCCUGAAGAACCGGAUUAUCCAUUCAAUGUCUACACAACUGAUGGGACCAUCGGCUUUGAUUCCGGGUCUUUGAUCAUCAGUCCGGUGCUUUUGGAGAGUAAAUUCAGUGAAGACAAGAUUUAUCAAGACCUUGAUUUAACGAACAGAUGCACUGGCCAGAUCGACACAACGGAAUGCAAAAGAGUAGCUUCUGGAUCACAAAUUCUUCCGCCAGUUAUGACCGGGAAAGUGACAACUAGACACAAAUUCGGCUUCAAAUAUGGAAGGAUUGAGGUUCGAGUUAAGCUACCUGCUGGAAACUGGUUGAUUCCUGAAGUCAAUUUGGAGCCACACGAGAAGAUGUACGGCCCGCGCCGCUACGAGUCCGGCUUAAUGCGUAUCGCCUUCACGAGAGGAAACGCUGUCUUCAGCAAGAAACUGUACGCUGGACCCGUUCUAUCCGACACCGAGCCGUUCAGGUCGAAGCUAAUGAAAGAGAAACUCGGCAUCGAGAACUGGAAUAAGGAAUAUCAUAAUUAUACAAUGAUUUGGAAGCCUAAUGGCAUUGAAGUUUUGGUUGAUGGAGAACAGUUCGGCGUAGUGGAUCCAGGUGAAGGCUUCUAUACUGUUGGCCGGCAGAAUGCAGUACCUCAUGCAGCCCAAUGGCUCAAAGGAACAAUUAUGGCUCCACUGGAUCAGAUCUUCUAUAUCUCUCUCGGUCUCCGCGUUGGUGGGGUCCACGAUUUCACGGAUAAUCCGGAUAAGCCCUGGAAGAAUAGGAACAGCAAAGCAAUGCUGGCCUUCUGGAACGACAGGACUAACUGGUUGCCGACGUGGUACGAUGCGGCCAUGAGGGUUGAUUACGUCCGAGUUUAUGCACUUUAAGAUAUCAAGAUAUCACGGUGGUUGACUCUCAAAAUGAUAAGCAAUGAAAAGUGGAAUGAUCGUGUAAUAAGUGACGACUGACUAUUAACAAAAACAAUUCCGGCUCUAGAGAUAUUUCGUGAUCACGAGAACUUUUAGUGAUUAGAAAAUCGGAAAUUAAUAAAACCGAAAUUUAGUUGUAGUAGAUAAGUAGAUAUAUUGUUAAAGGGCACAAAUACAAUUUACCAGAGGUAGGAUCUCUUGUGAGUGCGCGCGGGUAGGUACCACCACUGCGCCUAUUUCUGCCGUGAAGCAGUAAUGCGUUUCGGCUUGAAGGGUGGGGCAGCCG